AUGAAAGACGAUGUCGUGGUGAUGAUUAUCGUGAUUUAUGUGGAUGACAUUUUGGUGGCUGGGUCUGAUGAUGAUUGCAAGGAGUUGCUUGAUUCCAUCAACAAGGCAUUCCCCACCAAAGACCUUGGAGAGUGCGUCAUCGUGAAUCGCUUUGAUGUGCAGUCGACCUCCUCCAUCCCUGCUUCCCCUGGUGUCGAUAUAGGACCGAAGCGGGAUGACGAGAGUGGAGGGGAAUGGCCGGUGAGGGAGGCCAUCGGCAGCAUGAUGUGGGUGUCGACGUUCUCGCGCCCGGACAUCUCGUUCGCCGUGCGUGCGGUAGCGCGCCAUGCCCAUGCCCCUGCCGAGAGGCACUGGAAGGCGAUCGUGAAGAUCCUCGCCUACCUCAAAGAGACGAGGGACCUCGGGAUCACCUACGAACGGGGAUCGGGGUUGGGGCUGGCGGUGUACGUGGACGCUAGCUACGCCGACGCUGAGGAUAGGCGUUCGGUGUCAGGGCUGGCAACAACGGUUGGAGGGACCGUCAUCAGCCACGGUAGCAAGACGCAAGCUAUCGUAUCUUUGUCGUCUACGGAGGCAGAGUACAUUGCUGCCGGGGAGGGUGUGAAGGAAGCUUUGUUUGUGCGUGCAGUGCUUUCGUUUAUUGCCCCAGAGACCAGGGGCAGCAGCAUUCAGGUCCUUCAGGACAAUCAGGGGGCUAUGGCUUUGGUGCAGAACCCCCUUACUUAA